GUAGGUUUAAUAGUCCGAGAAGUAAGCAUUGAAAUAUCACGACAACAAGUAGAGGAACUGUUUGGGCUAGAAGACUACUGGUGUCAGUGUGUUGCCUGGAGUUCUGCGGGAACAACUAAGAGCAGAAAGGCCUAUGUGAGGAUAGCAUAUUUACGGAAGACUUUUGAGCAAGAACCUCUUGGAAAGGAAGUAUCGUUGGAACAGGAAGUCCUUUUGCAAUGUCGUCCACCAGAAGGGAUCCCAGUAGCUGAGGUGGAGUGGUUGAAAAAUGAGGAUAUCAUCGAUCCUGUGGAAGAUCGGAAUUUUUACAUUACAAUUGAUCAUAACCUCAUCAUCAAGCAAGCAAGGCUCUCAGACACUGCCAAUUAUACAUGUGUUGCCAAAAACAUUGUGGCCAAAAGAAGAAGUACGACAGCUACAGUAAUCGUAUAUGGUAAGACAAUGACUGAUGUGCAGUAG